AUGGCGGGCUAUGGUUACUAUGUCGUGACGACCGCUCAGCGCGAGGGCGGCGCGCCACCUCCCUCUGCCGAGCACCUGGUCAACUGGUCGGGGACUCACGAGUGCCAGGUGGCGCGCUUCUACCAGCCCGAGAGCCUGGAGCAGCUGGAGGCGACUGUGAAGCAGGCGCACAAAGCGGGCCGCAAGCUGCGGUGCGUGGGGUCUGGGCUGUCGCCCAACGGCAUUGCCUUCAACGAGGCGGGCAUGGUGAGCCUGGCGCUGAUGGACCGGGUGCUGAGCAUCGACAGAGAGCAGGGGCAGGUCACCGUGCAAGCGGGCGCCCGGGUGCAGGCUGUUGCCGACCAGCUGCGCCAGCACGGCCUCACGCUCCAAAACUACGCCUCCAUUCGCGAGCAGACCGUCGGCGGCUUCAUCCAAGUCAGCGCCCACGGCACCGGCGCCGCCAUCCCGCCCGUGGAUGAGCAGGUGGUGGCCCUCAAGCUGGUCACCCCCGCAUUGGGCACCAUCGAGCUGAGCAAGUCCCAAGACCCGGAGCUGUUUGAGCUGGCCAAGGUUGGGCUGGGCUGCCUGGGAGUGGUGGCCGAGGUGACGCUGCAGUGCGUGCCUGCGCAUCGGCUGGUCGAGCACACCACGCUGAGCACGCUGAGGGAUGUGCGCAAGCGGCACGCGCAGCGGCUGCGGGACAACAAGCACCUUCGGUACAUGUGGAUCCCCAACACCGAUGCCGUGGUGGUGGUGACCUGCAACGAGGUGGCGCAGGGCCAGGACCCAGAGGCUCCAACCAGCAAGUACAGCGAGGCGCAGCGGCUGGCCCCGCUGCGCACGCUGCUGCUCAGCCGGCUGCCGGCGGCAGAGGCGGAGGAGGUGGAGGGCCUGUCGGCGACGCAGUGCCGUGACCGGCUGCUGGCGCUGGGGCCGCUGGAUGCAGCGUGGGUAAAGAAAGUGAACCAGGCGGAGGCCGAGUACUGGCGGCGCUGUGAGGGCAUGCGGGUGGGGUGGAGCGACGAGCUGCUGGGCUUUGACUGCGGGGGGCAGCAGUGGGUGCUGGAGACUGCCUUUCCCGCUGGCACCCUGGACAAGCCCGAUGGCAGGGACAUUGCCUACAUGGAGGAUCUGCUGAGGCUGGUGGCUGCCCGCAGCGUGCCGGCCCCUGCCCCCAUCGAGCAGCGCUGGACCGCAGGCAGCAGCGCGGCCAUGAGCCCCGCCCACGGGCCGCCCGGCUCGCUGCACAGCUGGGUGGGCGUCAUCAUGUACCUUGCUGAGCUGGCGCCAGAGCAGCGGCAGGCUGUGACAGACAGUUUCCGGCAGUACGCGCAGCUUGUGGAGCGGGAGCUGAUGCCCAAGUACGGAGCGGUGGAGCACUGGGCAAAGAUAGAGGUGCCCAGCGACCCGGCGCAGCUGGAGGUGGUGCAGCAGCGGCUAGCGCAGCGGUAUCCGGUGGCUGCGUUCAAUGCGGCACGGCAGCGGCUGGACCCAAACGACAUUCUGGGCAGCCCCAUGAUGGAUGCCCUGCUGCCGCACACUGAGGUUGCCUCGGCGUGA